UUGUGCUCACCGUAAAGUUUCUUCAACUGGCUCAAUAAAAAUCUAUUCCCCUCCAAACUCCAAACAAACACAGCCUAAACAUAUUGUACUACUACUAUAAUACUGUCGCACCUUCACUGAACCGCCUCCGCGUUCACAGUAGUAGUAUUUCGAACCGCAAUGGCUUCUUCUCCUUCAGGUGAAAGUCGGACUUCUUGUCUUCUCAACGCUGCCUUAACCGGAAAUCUUAAACUCCUCACCAAGUUGGCAGAGGAACUCGACUAUGGGGAUGGGUUGGCAAAGACAUUUAUGGAUGUUAAGGACUCUGGAGGCCAGUCAGCGCUCCAUUUUGCUGCUGCAGGUGGAAAGACUCAUGUCUGCAAGUAUUUGGUGCAAGAACUGAAACUCAAUGUUAAUCUGAAAGAUGGGAUAGGUGACACUCCUUUAAAUCAUGCUACUAUAGGGCAGCAUUAUCAAACUGCUGUGUUUCUUGUUGAAAAUGGUGCAAAUCCCAAUAUGGCAAAUGAUAAAGGAUUUAUUGCCUUGCACUAUGCCGCCGAAAAAGGUCAUAAAGAAUUUUUGCGGCUAUUGAUAUCAAAAGGAGCUGAAGUAGAUGCAAAAUCUGAUUCUGGGACACCACUACAGUGUGCUGCAGCUAAGGGAAGGAAAGAAGCUGUGAAAAUCUUGUUAGAUAGAAAUGCUAAUCCCAAUUCGGUUUGUCAUCAUAUUUUUACACCGUUGGUGGUAUCCAUCCUUGCUGGGUCAUUCGAAUGCACAAGUUUAUUGCUCAAGGCAGGAGCUAAUCCAAACCUUGGUUCGCGUGGACAGACGCCAUUAACAAUUGCAGUUUGUGAAGGGGAAACAGAAGUUAUUAAAUGCUUGUUGAAGGCAGGAGCAAAUCUUAAUGUCACUAACUUAGAUGGUUUGACAGCAUUGGAACUUGCGGCCUUGCAUGGUAAUCACGAAUUAGUGAUGAUGCUCUUACCAAGGACUUCUCAAAUUCCAACUAUUCUGGAUUGGAGCUUUGCUGGGAUAAUAAAGUAUGUCCACUCGGAAGAAUUUAGAAGACAGAGGGAACAAAAUAGGAAAGAGAGUUUUCUGUUGUCAAAAUCUAAGGGAGAAGAAGCAUUCAAGAGAAAGGAUUAUAUGGAUGCAAUAUUUUGGUACACACAGGCAAUCACUGUAGAUCCAUUGGAUGCAACUGUAUUAUCCAACAGGAGCUUGUGCUGGGCUCGCUUGAAUGAGGGAAGUCCUGCUUUAUCUGAUGCUGAGGCCUGCAUUAUGCUGAGGCCUGAUUGGGCGAAGGCACACUACCGGGAAGGUGUAGCAUGGAGACUGCUCAAAAAUUUUCCUAGAGCGGCGGAGGCAUUUUGUGAUGCUUUGAAGCUGGAUCCUGACAACGAGGAGCUUCAAAUUGCUUUCAGGGAAGCUGUUGGAGCUGAGUUUGGAAUUCCAGUGGGAAAGGAUCUUAAAAUCAUGCGCAUCUAGUGACAAUAUAUCAUGGUUUGGUGUAUGGGAAGCUAGUUUUUGACCAGCCUAGUUUCUUUUCCUUUUGUCAAUAGUAGUGUAGUAGUGUAUUUUUUUUUUGGUUUUUUGGUUGCUCUCCUUGCCACGCUAUACGAACGAAGACAUAUUUAUUAGUAAAUGUUAUGUUUUUUGAGACUACUAGUUCUUACAA